CGAGCUGGGGAUCGGGGCCGAGACCGGGAAGAGCCCCGUCCCCGGCGGAGCUGCCGAGGAGAAGGCUCUCCCGUCUGCCGCGUGACAGGUCCGCGAGGAGAAGGCGAGAGCUCGCUAGCGGGAGGCUCCAGGAGAGAGAGGCUUUAGCUGUCUCGUGGUAUCUAUGAAAACAAGCUGAAUGCCAGGGCAACUGCAGUAGCUUUGUGUCUGGAAUUACUUUGCUUGUCAAAGGGUAAUGCCGACUCCUUUCCCCGCCGCUCCCCCUCCCCGUUUUAAAUAGCAAAGGAGAGAGACAUCUACUGUGAUUUGUUUAGUCAGGAUAAGAACCUGUAGAGAACAGCCUCCUCACCGUAGUAUCUGAGCCCCUUCUAGUAGUGUAUUAAGCAACGUGACUAAUAUCUGUCACGUGUGGCUCAUUCUUUCUCUCAUCCUCUUCCGCAGGGGAAAAUUGAAUGUGCAGUGUAAUGUUUUGUUUUAUAAAUUCUGUGUACACUGUGCUGUAAGUGUUAGCAAAAGUAAUGUUAAAUAAGUACCUGUUGUGCGUGAAACAGAAGGUGGUGCGAUCUAUGAUGGUGUGCAGAUCCUGUGGGAGUCUGUUCCACAGUCUUGAACCAGCCCCUGAGAAUUUCCAGUUGCCUGCACAGAUGUUUUACCUUACAAUGGAGAGAUCCAUUGUGUCCCAGAAGAGGUGUUUGUUCUACUGGUAGGAGGAAGGGCCCUGCAGGAUUAUGUGCAGAGGAUCAGUGUAUGUGACUGAAAUACCAAGAUGCAGUUUCCCACCCAGAUAUAUAAUGUAAAGAUCUUUCAUCCUGUUGAGGUUCAAUUCCUCUGAAACUAAGCAAUUGCUGUAGGCCCUGGGAAUACCAGUGUGACUCCAACCUCACUUAUCUCUAGUUUCACUCACACUAUAGCAAAGGGAGAAAACAGGAAUUGGCAUUAUGUCAUCUUACACGAAAAACUAUAAUCCCUUUGAUGAUGAUGAUGAUGAAGGUUUGAAGCCAGUAAAGUGGAACAAUGGAAAUGACAUCUUUGAUGACCCUACUGAAAGGCAACAUAGGGAGGCUACAGACAAACAGAGGUAUCUUCAGCAGGAAGUUCUGAGGCGGGCUCAGGCCACAGAGGCCAGCACUAAUAGAUCUCUUUCCCUCAUUUAUGAAUCUGAGCAAAUUGGAGUAGCCACAUCAGAGGAACUUGUACGUCAGGGUGAGGCAUUAAAGCGCACUGAACGAAUGGUGGAUAAAAUGGACCAGGAUUUAAAGAUUAGUCAGAGACACAUAAACAACAUUAAGAGUGUCUUCGGUGGUUUUGUAAACUACUUCAAAUCGAAACCUCCAGAGACCAAGCCUGAGCAGAAUGGAGCCCCUGAGUACCAAGGAAACAGCCGAUUAAAAGAAGCCAUGGUCUUUAGUAAAGAACAGGAGUCAAAGUACCAGGAGAGUCAUCCAAAUUUAAGGAAGCUGCGUAAUUCUGACGAUGAUUUCAGUGGAACCAAUUCAGAAUCUUCUGUCCAACCCGAUGUUUAUCCAAAGAAUCAACAUCUCCGAGCUUACCACCAGAAAAUUGACACCAACUUAGAUGACAUGUCCUCUGGGCUAGGCCGUCUGAAAAACCUGGCUUUGGGUCUGCAGACAGAAAUUGAUGAGCAGGAUGACAUUCUUGAUCGGCUAACUGGAAAAGUAGACAAACUGGAUGUCAGUAUUACAAGCACUGAAAGAAAAAUCCGACAACUUUAAAGACUUCUCAGAAAUUCUUUCCUACAGUGUAAGAUCUUCUUGGAUGUUUAUCUUGCUGGGGGUUUUCUUUGUUUUUUUUGUUUUAAAUCUUGGGCAAUAUCCAUUUCUUACUUUCAGUGGCUUAGCUAUCAUUAAAAUUGCAGAAUUUUGAGUGCAACAUAAGAUCUUAAAACACUUCUUAAUAUAUACAUAUGUGUACAUUGGACAGCACAUCUUUCUGCAUCUGGUUGCAAUCCUUCACUCUGGAUACCUGCUCAUUUGUAUUAUGAUGUGCCAUGUGCAUAUAGGAAUUUUCAGUCUACAUGUUUCAAUGCCCUUACACUUAGAACUGUGGCAAAGAAAAUAACUAAAUUUUGCACCUGUUUUGCAAGGAAUUGUUUAAGAAUUUAAAAAUAGCUAUAUGUAAACAUACAGAUUACCAGCUGUAAAAAUAAUUCUGAAUGAUGUCCCCUAGCAUUUCUGUGUUUGUUCCUGAGGAAUCUCAGAGGUCUCCAAACAACUGGAAUAGUUGUCAAAUGUGACAUGCAGUGAUGCUGGUACUAACACUGUGCCAACACUGUGCCUAGGGGGAAGUGAUUCUGCACUCUCAAAAAUCCUCCACUGAUGGUGGCGGUUGUCCUUUAUGUGCUGCUUUUCACCAGCCUACUGAGUAAGUGGCUAUUUGAACAGCAGCAUCUCUCUUAAAAAUGGAAAUUUGGACUAGUAAUUCAAUUUUAAAAUUUUUAAUGUUUUGAAAUAGGAAAGGUGGAGUGGGGGAGCUCAUGCCAUAGUCUUAUGUGAUGACUAUUUCUUCCACCCCCAUCACCAUUGUUGAGAAAUUAAACUUGCACAUAUACCUACAUGCUCUCCAGCUCUCUGGCUUUGCAGUUUUUAGUUCCUACAGAUGACCAAUGUUUUAAUUACUUCCAGUUUUCCAAAUCCAAAUUGGAAUCCACCUGCUGGGUUUUUUUCCCCUUAUGCCUUUGUAAAUAACACUGUUAAACAAAAAUCAUUUUAAUUCUACAGCCGUGGGAAGGUAACAACCAAAUGAUCAUCAUCUAUCUGCCUGAUUGGUGACGUCUCUAAAAUGAGCAGAUAAUAUCGAUUCAGAUCUUACUGGACAAGUGUCCAUAUCGCAAAAUUCACCACCACAUUUGACAGUAAGAACCUGGUUGGCAGUCCCAGCAGAGAGGCCAGCAAAUUAAAACCCCGUUCGCUGCACCUGGUCCCUCCAGGUUGUCAUGGCAUAUCGAUUGACACUGUGAAGAAACUUGCAUUGUAUAUAGUUCCCUGUGCUUCAUGUUGUGUUGAUAAAUGGAAAACCAAAGUUUUCCAGGUCUGUUGAUUCAGUACCUUUCAUAAUCACUAAAUUCACACAUUUUUCCCUUUUAAAAAAAGACUUGUUCAAACACUUAAAAAUCCCAUCUUCUGCCUUGGUGUGAACAUACUCCCUCUAGCGCAUAAAGGACUUAGAGAAUUUUCAACCCUCUUGUUCUAUACAGUCUGUGUAGGAAAGUAAAUCAUUAAACCAUCUGAACUUCCUUGCUAUUGGGGGCAAUGUUACUGGAAAAGAACUCCUCUAGUUCUCCUGGUAAUUACAUUUCUCUGAUGUGAAACCAUUUGAAAACUAGUUUAUGCUGCACCCUGCCCUGCUGGUGUCACAAAUAUCACUUUGCAAAGAAAGUGGCUGCCACCAGCUGGAAACACACAGGUGCCAAUUAUAAGAAUAUUCUGCCAUAUAUCUUUCAUUACCUUUAAUUUUCUUUUUAUCUCCCAUUUGGAAGUUUUGAAAAAGCCUGUUACUACCUACACGUCUUCUGCCCUUGUGUAUACAUACCAUUACUAGUGCUUUUCCCCUAUUGCCAGGAUAUUCAUGAGUGAUUAGCUGUCUCUUCUUAAUGUUAAGGCAUUUAUUUAGGAAGUAACAGAUAUCAUUAACUUGUAAAAAGCUGAAAGCAUGAGAGAGGCAGGAAGAUUCAAAUGUUUGUCCUGCCUACCUUUGAUGGCUUAUUUAAGUACUCAUCAGAAAAAAAUGUGGAGAGGAGAGAGGGAGGUUUUUGUUUUCUUACUAUAGAACUUCCAGAACACAGUGCUGAUUGACAGAGGCAUCUUUCUUUUAUGCGCCCAAGCUGUGUGUAUAUGUAUUCUAUCCCGAGUUUAAAAAUUUGUGGAAAAUUCCACUACCAGUUAGUAACACUGUUAACGUAUUUGAAAUCUGCCUUCACGUGAAUAUGCUUACCCCGCAACUAGACUUUUUCCUAAAGCAAGACCUUGGUAAUCAGCGUGCAGGCUGAAUAGUUUUCUCCAUUGAGUUGUAGCUAAUGGAGAAGAAAUGUAGCUAGAAGAUCCAGCUAUGUGUUCAUGUAUAUUGAAAAAUGAGAGGAAGAUGGGGCUUGGAUACGAACAGUGAUGGCAAUAGAUCUGUUAGUUUAACUUGGAUGCUUUCUGACAUAAUUUAUUUUGUGAAAUAAAUUCUAUUUCUUCUUAAAACAGGACUUUUUUUUAAUAAUGUAGUUUUAUCAGCCUUACUAAAAGCUGCUUGUGUCCUUGGGGGAGACCUUUGCUAUAAGGAAUCUACUUUGGCUUUUAGAACAUUUUGAUCAUUACACAUUUCAAACCGGAACUCAGAAUUACGUGGGAGUUCUACAAAGGCCUAAUUUCUCAUCUCUUUACCCCAUUCACCGUUGCCAGUUGGUGACAUCUGCUAUUUCCUCAUUGUUUACAGGCUUCCUGCUCUACUUACAUCUAGGGUCCCGUUUUUUAAAGGGUUGCUUUCCACAUUAGGGCUCUUUUGUGCGGAUGAUAGUUGUGUUUAAGCAUAAACUAAAAUCGACUGCAACCUGAACUCCUUUCCUAGCUUUCAUAGAAAAUACUUUACACUGUCUGCCGCUAAAGAACAUAAACGUUAACAAUGUGAGAGAGCAAUGCUGUGUUUUGUAAUACAGUGAUGAAACUCUUGCUGACUAAAAACUAUUUUACAAAAAGAGGAAAUAACUGAAAAACUGACUUUUUUUCUUUCCUAGAAAUUUCUGCCUUCCCAUGCUGCUGAAGGGUUAAUUUCUGUAACUAGUCUUUUAGAUCCUGUCUAAAAUACCAUUUCAUCUUUCUGUCGGAUACCAUUGAGAAACUUACCCCUUCAUGUUGGCCUAAGCUUUUUAAAAAUGAUUCUGCAAGCUUACCCGUGAGUGCCAGUUCAACCAGCUAUUCUGCUUAAGUGUGCCUGUUAGCCUUUCUUUACAGCAGAACUUCAAAAACAGACUCCAACGAGAAACUGUUGAAUUGGAAUUAAUUUGCAAACUGGACAUCAUUAAAUUAGGCUUUAAUAAAGACUGGGAGUGGAGGGGUUAUUACACAAAGUAAAACUAUU